GUCAAAUUGAAUAUGUUCAGUUUGUUUUGAAUGAGACACAAGUGAUACAUGGAUAUUUUCAGGAAUAAAAAGAGAACAGUUUUGUCAGUAGCAGAUGAACACUCACAAUCUCCAAAGAGUCACAAGAAGAAAAAAGAUGGCUCUUCCAGUAAGCUGCCAACGAAGACAAAGAAGGAAUUGCAAUAUCAGUACAGUGAUGAGGAGUUGGUGUGUAAUUUGUCAGAUUCGCAGCCAAGUAGUGAAGUGGAUACAGAUUCCUCCGGGGAUGACAUGAAUCAGGCUAGCCAUACACAGCGAACUCUGGCCCGCAGACUCACACGUAGGGAGAAGCAACGAGAGGAACUCAUCAGGAAAAAGAAGGAACAAAACAAGAUAUCUAUGGAUGACUUCCUAAACAAACAGGUAGAAUUUCACACCUGGAUAGAAGAAGAGAAACACAAGAUUUACAAUCAGAUAUCUUCUCCCAAGAAGAAAGUUUACUUCAGGACAUUUAUGAAGCUUUGGAACAAAAGGAAGUUGUCACAGAAAUAUUACCGGGGUUCAGAGGAGAUUCAAAGUCCACAACUAUCACAGAACACAGUAAAUUUCAAUGUGUUCGAUGAGCCAGAUGAAUUUUCACACCUCACUGCCAUCAAACGACCGAAGUCAAAGCGACUUUCAGUGGAAAAUGGAGGAUUUUUGGACUCUCCGUUCUCAACUUUUGGAAAAACCCCUCCUAAAAUGCAGCAUCAAGAUAGUUUUGACAAGGAGAACUGUACUCCUGUUAGGCCAGUCAGUUCAUUCGCAUCACCAACAGUACGGACCAUCAAGACCAGUCAUGUGUCGCCUAUUUUGGAGCUAAGUGAGUACCAGAUUCCCCUUAACUCUGUCCGUGUUCCAUCACUCAGCAGUAACGAGGAUGUCAGCUGUACUGCUAGUGGCAGACUCAUCCCUCCUUACUCUGUGAUGCCGUUACCGUGGGUAACAGAUAGUGAUACCUCAUCUGUCAAAUCAGAAAUCACUGACGAAGAAGAUCAUUCUAAGAUGGCUGCCCCUGUGACUUCAGUAGUGUAUGCUCUGCCACGUAAAACUCAGACAAAGAAAACUGUUGUACAAGUGAAAAAGUCCUCCCGGCCUCCUCCUGUUCCCCCCAAACCUCGUUCUGGAUUGGUCAAUUAUUGCUCCUCUGUGGAUUCCAACUCUGGCUACAGUGUUAUUUACCCUCGGUCAGCUCCGGACUCUGUCAGUAUCGAGUCUGACCAGUCUGGUGAUUCAGUGUUCAAACAUGGACCUAUGAUAGAUUACCAUAGUAACAGGUCAUCAAUGUCUGAUCCUGGUCACAGAAAUGUUUACGCAUCUUUGGAUUCCAUCAGUAUGAACUCUGUUGAAUCAGAUCCUGGGUACAGAUUUAUUGCUCCUGCUACAGAUGCCAGCAGUGUUAAGUCCUGUUCUGUCAUAGAAAGUGAUGAAGACUUACCACUACCCCCACCCCCAGAGAUACCAUCUGUCCUGGAUUAUACAGAGUCAGACUUACCUCCGCCUCCGCCUCCGCCUCCAGGCUCCUCCUCCCCAGAUAUCUUUAAAUGUCAGGAGUUUCCAAGUGUCCCCAUACAGAUGAUAGAUAGUUCUCUCCCUGAUCAGGUCACAGGUUUGAUGAAUGAUGACAUGAAGGAUAACGUUGGUGAGAGAGGUAACACUACAAGGUUAGGUGAUGCUGAAGGUCACACAACCACAGUCGGCCACACAACAGACAUUCAGUCUGUAGCCAGUCCACAGAAGGCUAGACUGGGAUGGUGCCAUGCUCUAACAGCUAAACCCUAUUCUGCUCCCUCACGUAGCGUGUCCAAAGUGGUGCUUCUACAGGGGAUAGACAGGGACCCUUGUAACGACAUGCAGGGAUCACAGUUGGGGCUAAGUAAGCUAAGUGAUAUGACUGAACGUACCAACUCUGAUGAUGUUUAUGCAAAUCUAAACUUUCUAAAGAAGGGAGAGUACACAGCUACAUGUAACAGGGUCACAACAGGCAAGUGUGAAAUGAAUGAUAAUAAUCAUAAAGAGAAGAUAAACAAAAUUGCCAUUCAGGACACUCCUGCUACCGAGGACGCAGAGCCUAGUGACGGAGUUGUUUCUCCUGGAUACAUGGAGAUGGACAGUAUCAAAAACACCUUGACAGGGAGAGUGACCUCUAAGUGCGACACCCAUUGUGCAGCUAACGAUAGCACCAGUGAGAGAGUUGUUUCCCCUGGAUACAUGGAGAUGGACAGUAUCAAAAACACUAUCACAGGGGGAGUGGCCUCUAAGCGCGACACCCAUUGUACAACUAACAUUGACACUAGUGAGAGAGUUGUUUCCCUUGGAUACAUGGAGAUGGACAGUAUCAAAAACACCUUGACAGGGAGAGUGACCUCUAAGCGCGACACCCAUUGUACAGCUAACGAUAGCACCAGUGACAGGGUUGUUUCCCCUGGAUACAUGGAGAUGGCCAGUAUCAAAAACACUAUCACAGGGGGACUGGCCUCUCAGCAGGACAUCUAUGGUCAAACUGAUACAGACACUGAUGAUAAGGUUCUCUCUCCUGGCUACGUGGAGCUGGAGAAAAUUCAGACUUCUGAUAUCAGUAGAAAUGCUGCCUCUAACCUACCUAUGUAUGCAGUACAUGAGGAGGUGCUUCCAACUUCACCUCUCCCCAAAGCCUGGCACGGUACGAUGACCAAUCCUUCUGACUACACAAUUUUGGAGGUGAGGGAUCAGGGAAUGAAGGGCUCUCCAGGGUGUGGCGGGAACAUGUAUAGAGAACCUGAUGUGGAUAUCAGUCCCAAUGUGACAACCAGGCGUGGUAGACGACGGAAAACACUUAAACAGGAUACUAUUUCUGCAAUGGACAGCUGCCCUACACUGGAGGAACUCAACUUAUCAAGAGACACUGGGUCAGAUGGCAAGUCAAAACCAGACAACCCCAUCACACAGACAGAGCCACCCAUCUCACAGACAGAGCCACCCAUCACACAGACAGAGCCACCCAUCACACAGACAGAGCCACCCAUCACACAGACAGAGCCACCCAUUACACAGACAGAGCCACCCAUCACACAGACAGAGCCACCCAUCACACAGACAGAGCCACCCAUCACACAGACAGAGCCACCCAUCACACAGACAGAGCCACCAAUCACACAGACAGAGCCACCCAUCACACAGACAGAGCCACCAAUCACACAGACAGAGCCACCCAUUACACAGACAGAGCCACCCAUUACACAGACAGAGCCACCAAUCACACAGACAGAGCCACCCAUCACACAGACAGAGGACCAGGCCUUAAAAGCACAAAUCCAAAUGUUUACACACUUAAAUAAUGGAGACCAUUCUGAUAAGUCAGAUUGUCUAUCAGAAACACAUUUCAUUGGCUUUGAUAUGGAGCAAAGAAGGAGCAAUUCCAUUAAUGAAGAUGUCUUUCAUCCAGCACCUCAUCUAAAUGUCAAACCGGGUAUACAGAGAAAUGGCGACUAUUGUCAGUUGUACAGCAAACAGGACUCUGAAGUGUCUAAAUCAUCUAGUAGUGUGAAACAACAAAACUGUACAGAACAGUCUCAGGGGUCACUCAGUACAGACCAGGAACCAUCAAGGUCUCUUAAUACAAAUCAACAAUUUUCAAGGUCAUCAAGUACACAGCAACCACCAAGGUCAUUCAGUACAGAUCAACAACCACCAAGGUCAUUCAGUACAGAUCAACAACCUCCAAGGUCACUUAGUAAAGAUCAACAACCUCCAAGGUCACUUAGUAAAGAUCAGCAUCCACAGAGUUCAUCUAGAAUUGAUCAGACUACAUUUCAUCCUAUUGGCAAUCUCAGUGUUGAAAAGGGUGUUUUUUUAGAGAACAAUGUAGCAGAACCCUCUUCGUGUGUGAUUUCCACCUCAGUUUCUUCUGUGUGUGUCCAGAGUAAUGUAAAAAUACAACACAAUUCUAAUCCACAAAGUAAACUUGGGCAUGUGAGAAAUCCCUCUAUAUCAAGACCUAAGUGGUUAUCAAAUGAUGGACAUGGCACACGAAAUCCUGACCCACCCAGUAAUGGUGGUCAUAGGAGAAAUCUGCCGGCUCCUAGUAACACUCCACACAGUUUACGCCUACCUGUCAAAAGUGAAAGUUCCAUAUUGUCAGCCCCUCAUUUACAGGUGACAGCACCCUAUUCUCUCACAAUGCUCACUCAAAGUCCACGAAAAUUACAAAACUUUCGUGAUCGCAUACCUGCCAAAUUUCCAGCCAAAAACAAAGGCUAUCCCGACAUUCAAAGUCAUCCCCUUCUCCAGAUACAAUGUGCUCCAAAUCAAACCAUCAAGCCAAACUCACAAACUGUAAAUAGAGAGAAUGAUGUAAAGCAUGGGGUGGAAGUGCUAAAGGUACAAUGUGCUCCAACUCCAGCUUUGAAAACAACAUCACAACAGACAUUAGAUAGAGGGACUGAUGUGACAUCACAACAGACAUUAGAUAGAGGGACUGAUGUAACAUCACAACAGACAUUAGAUAGAGGGACUGAUGUGAAGCAUGAGACAGAAAUACUAGAGACUGAUAUCGACUCAAUAACUGGCAACGACAGUCAUGAACUGGGGAAACCAAAACUUCAAAGAGCACAAUCUUCAGAGACUAUCAUUUGGUAGUGAACUCAGAUCAGAUGUUUUAUUAGUCUCUGAUCAUUUAUUACAGUUUUUAUCGUGUAAUCAACAUGUUUAUUUAAUUGUACUAAAGCAGUAAUCUUGGUGCCUUUGGCUGUGAUUUCUAGUUCACUGGUUACAGAAACCCUGAGCUAAUGCUGUUGCCUUAUCAUCUGUCUUCCACCCCUAAACUUUAAAUUUUUUGUAAUGUUAUACACCAAACACUCUUCUGAUUCCAAUUUGGUAUAUAUACAUUCAUUAGAGGUCUCGGAGUGAUAUUACGGCAAAAUAAUGGUUCUUUAUAAGCUUUGUUUUUUGGGGGGUUUUUUUCAAAUGUUUUGGACUUAUUUUUCUUUCUUUUUUUUUAUCAAAUUUAUAAACUCACAUAAAUGUGAUAUGAAAUACUCAUAAAAUGUUAUCUCCAUAGUAAAAGAUGCCAGAAGUGCCAGUACAUAUAUGCUAAUGUAGUCAGGAGCCAAGUGGAAACAUAGGCCAUUUUCAUUUUUGCUGCCCAAACGGUUGAACCAAUUGAACCAGUGUUAUUCGUUUAUUAAAUAAAGACAGACCUGGUGAUUUUAUAUUGUUUUCAGAGGAAAUAUAAAGGGGAGAUAAUUCUAUGCUAUAAAAAGAAAAAUGACAGUGAUGUGUUGUAUUAAUUUUACUUUCAUGGUAAAGUAAUAUUUUUAUUCUUCCAUAAACAAAUAUUUAUCAUAAUCUAUCACUUCAAAAAUGUUUACAUGAUUUCAUUCAUUUUGAAAUAAAAACGGCCCCUAAAAUACAAGUUUCUCAUCUAAAAUCGAAUUCUUCUUGUAACCACUAAUCAUUUACAGAGAAUUGUGGCAUUGUUUUAUCCUUUAUUCUUUUUUCCUUUUUUUUUUCUUUUUUUUGAAGUCUACAUACUGGAAAAAUUAGUUUAGAAAGGCAAAGUAAUUUUUUGUAGCAAAUCAAAUGGUCAAUUUUUAUUUCAUAUCUCCUUUAAAGUUUCUAAGGCCUAUUAGUCCAUAAGUACACAUCCCAUACCCUCUCUCACAAUGUAUGAUAUACAUGUAGAUAUUAAUUAUCAUUUGUUUGACAUCAAUUUGUCAGAUUAUUUCAGAAUUUGAACAACUCCAUGUAAGUUCAGUAUCUGUUUGUGUAAAUUAAAUUGAGAUUUUAUAUCCUAAUAAGUUUCGGACAUUUUGAUACAGUACAUGUAUAAGCAUUUUGUAAGUAGCUGUUUACAGCUAUUUCAGGAAAAGGAUCUCUGGUUCUCUGCACUUCUCUGGAAAACAUGUGUCUCUAUCUCAGUACCAGACUGAAUUACAUUGUUUGAAAUAUCAUGUUAUUGUUUACUCAUUAAACCAGAUAGAUUAUCAAUCCAUACUCUUCUCAUUAUAAGUGUUUACAUGUCUCCAACAAGUGUUAUUGUUUACUCAUUAAACCAGAUAGAUUAUCAAUCCAUACUCUUCUCAUUAUAAGUAUUUACAUGUAUCCAACAAGUGUUAUUGUUUACUCAUUAAACCAGAUAUAUUAUCAUUCCAUAAUCUUCUUAUUAUAAGUGUUUACAUGUAUCCAACAAGUGUUAUUGUUUACUCAUUAAACCAGAUAGAUUAUCAUUCUGUCAUCUUCUCAUUAUAAGUGUUAACAUGUACCCAACAAGUGCUAGUAGUGGAUAUCAUUAUUUAUUGUAGUCAAUAUCACUUUGACACUUUAUUUUGCUUAUAACAAAGAUAAUAUAGUGUAUAUGUUACUUGUAUAGGUGUUACGGACAUUCAUACCUUAAAAAAUUUUGAUUUCUCAUCAAAUAUUUAACAAGAAACCAUUCAAUAUCCUCUAUAUAUUAUCAUUUGGUACAGUAUAUACAUGCCAUAUCAUGAUAUGACAUUGUAUUAUCAGCAUUUGGUGUUUAUCAUGUGACAUUGUCAUCGUUGGUGCUAUAUAAUAUACAUGUCAUGUGACAUUGUCAUCAUUUGGUGCUAUAUAGUAUACAUGUCAUGUGACAUUGUCAUCAUUUGGUGCUAUAUAGUAUACAUGUCAUGUGAUAUUGUCAUCAUUUGAUGUUAUAUAGUAUACAUGUCAUGUGACAUUGUCAACAUUUGGUGUUAUAUAGUAUACAUGUCGUGUGACAUUGUCAUUUAAUGUUAUAUAGUAUACAUGUCACAUGACAUUGUCAUCAUUUGGUGUGAUAUAGUAUACAUGUCAUGUGACAGUCAUCAUUUGGUGUUAUAUAGUAUACAUGUCAUGUGACAUUGUCAUCAUUGGUGUUAUAUAGUAUACAUGUCAUGUGACAUUGUCAUCAUUUGGUGUGAUAUAGUAUACAUGUCAUGUGACAUUGUCAUCAUUUUUAGCCCAUCAUCAGAUGGUGGGCUAUUCGAAUCGCCUUGCUUCCGUCGUCUGUCUGUCCGUCCUCCGUAAACAAUUUUUAUUAUC